AUGUCAAAUGAAGAUGUGCAAGCGUCGACGAGUCGCAUCACCUCGAGUGCUCCAUCAGUAACGUUGCCACGAGCCCGAAGUUCGAGCACGACGGCUCUGCAUCGAUCCGAAGUGUUCGACCAGAAGUGCAAAGACGAUGAGACAAGAAGUCAACAAGUGAAUAUGCUCGUUUCACCCGCACGAAUUCCACUCCUGAAACGUGCUCUCAGCUUUCAAGUAAGUUCUGCGCAUUCAGCAGUCUGUUUCAUUUAA